UCUCUCACGUUGUGGCUUGGAAAUUAGAGCACAUUGCCUAAAAUUGAGGUCUCCACACACACACUCUCACACACGCCGAGUCACCGAGAGCCGCUGCCAUGAACUGGAUGAACGCUGAGGAGAUGCUCCGCAGGGCCGAGGCGCCUCUCUUCUGGGUCGGCGCGUUCACCGUGGCCUCCCUGGCGCUGUGGCUGCUCUACAGGCUGCUCUCAGGCUUCAGGAUCUGGGUCUUGGGGAACGGGCAGCUGCUCUCCCCGAAGCUGGGCAAAUGGGCAGUGGUGACGGGAGCCACAGAUGGAAUCGGGAAAUCCUACGCGGAGGAGCUGGCUCGACGAGGCUUCGCCAUGAUGCUCAUCAGUCGCUCUCAGGACAAGCUGGAUGACGUGGCCAAGUCACUGGAGGAGCAGUUUGCGGUGGAGACCAGGACCAUCGCGGUGGACUUCGGCAAGGACGACAUCUACGACAAGAUCGAGGAGGGACUGACCGGUCUGGAGAUCGGAGUCCUCGUUAACAAUGUGGGCGUGUCCUACCCCUAUCCAGAGUACUACCUGCACAUCCCUGACCUGGAAAACUUCAUCACAAACAUGAUCAACGUGAACAUCACCUCCGUCUGCCAGAUGACCCGCCUGGUGCUGCCCAGGAUGGCUGACAGGUCCAAAGGUGUGAUCCUGAACAUCUCGUCUGCCAGCGGCAUGUACCCCGUCCCUCUGCUCACCGUCUACUCCUCCACUAAGGCCUUUGUGGAUUUCUUCUCUCGUGGCCUCCAGGAGGAGUACAGGCGUCAGGGCAUCAUCAUCCAGAGCGUGCUGCCGUUCUUCGUGGCCACUAAAAUGACUCGUAUCAGGACGCCCACCCUGGACAAACCCACCCCCGAGCGCUACGUGGCCGCUGAGCUCAUGACUGUGGGUCUGCAGGGUCAGACCAACGGGUACUUCCCCCACGCCGUCAUGGGCUGGUUGACCACCAAGCUGGUUCCCAUCAACUUGGUGAUCUUCUUCGGAGCCAGAAUGAACCGUCUGCAGCGCACCGGCUACCUGCAGAGGAGGAAGAAGAGGGAGCAGAGGAACGGAGAGAGCCUGAAGAACGACUAGAACCAUGGCCGACACAGCUGCAGCGUUUCACAGGAAGAAGAAGAAGAAGAAGAGAUUUAGUGUUUGUGUCUGUGUGCUCGGUCCUCCGAAGGUGACAGAGACUCCAGUCAAUGUGCACGACUUUACGUUUAAACUCUGCCUUGAUGUGAUUUUUUUUUUUUUUUUUUUUUGUCUUAAGAGAAACAGCCAAAGAAACAAAACGCUGCUCUUGGCGAAGGACAUUCAGAUAUUUUGUCACUGACACAGAUGGUGGAAAUAAGAACAAUUGAAUAAAAAAAAAACUUACAAAAAAAGAAUGAUCAAUGUGUUAACCCUGCUGUUGUAAGCAGUGUAAACUGGUGGUGGGCAUCUUUUUUUUAUUUUAUAUAUAUAUCUAUAUAUUUGUAUUAUUAUUUAUUUUAUAUUUGUAUGAACACACGAGCCAAACACCUGGAAGUAGAAGAGCUUCAGCCUGUUUAUAAAUCAUUGAGCCAUUUGAAGAUGAUCACCAUGCAUGGCUCUGUUUUUAUAAUGAGUGUUUACAGUAUAUUUGAGAUGAUAGUAUGUGGGGGGUUGCUGUUGCACCGACGUACCGCUUGUUCUGAACCAAAGUUUGAAGUGCCUUUCUACUGACAUUAAAGCUGAGACGGUCAGAUUUUGCUAUAGAAUGUGUUGUAUAAUUGAUGUGAUUCAGCUGGUGUAUGACCGUUUGUGCCUUAUUAUUUUUAAAUCAAAAUGUAAACCGAGAUUAUAUGUGAACUGCUGUACAGGAGCGACUCUAACGUGAUGCUGCCGAGUGUUUUCUUUAAACACGAGCUCCUCUUUUUCUACAGUCGAUGAUAAUUAAAGAACCGCAGAUGACUCGGUCUGACCUGCCGUAACUAAGCAGUCUGGUGCCUUUUUAAUAUGCUUGGAAAUUUCAAAGUAGUUUAAUUUCUCAAGGAAGAAUGCACUGUUUAUGUUUAUAUCGCUGACGACUUGUUUUCUACUGUUUGUUAAUAAAAGUUAUGGCAUUCA